AUGAAGUUCGCUGCUGUCGUCCUCCCCCUCGUGCCCGCCGCUCUCGCCGCUGAGUGCGUCCGCGACAGCGGUUGCGCCGGCUGCGGUCAGGUCGCCAGCGUCAGCUACGUCCAGAAUGGAAACAUUUUCACCGCUACCGCGCCCAGCUACGGCUCCGUCACCUUCGACGCCAAGACCAUCACUGUCAAGAACACGUCCAACAAGUGGCUGUUGUUCUGCAACUGGGGCUCGGCCUGCUUCCCCCUCGAGGCCGGCCAGACCUGCACCACGUCCCGCCAAUCUUCCGACUCCACCUCUCUCGGUCUUCAAGUGUCUUCCAAGUAG